AUGUCGUCGGAUAUCACAAACCAAAUUUCUGCAGGCAUGGAUUUUCUUAGUUCUGCAGACUUAAUACUAAAGAAAACGCUAACAACUGUUCCCUCCGGUCGGCCUCGUCGUAGACGUCCAAGCAAGGAUAAAGGAGAGACCAAAGAGGACGUUGAUGAGGACGAUCAAUAUAUUAGUGGCAUACUACAAGAAUUACGCGUUGAGCUCGAUGUGAAGCGAAGAGAAGAAGAAAGGCUGCAGCGAGAAAUCGCUGAUGUGCUGACUGAGUGCGCUUCAGGAAGUUCCGGGGGCGAGCAAAGUCGGGCUUUCGGUAUGGCUGUGUCACGGUUGAAUAAUGCCAUGCUGGUGGUGGAAGCUGAUGCGAAACAGCUUGCAGCAAGCUUGCGGACUAUUUCCAGGCUAGCCGAUAACAUUAGCGGGAAGGUUUCCGCACUUGAUGUCGCGAAAACUCGAGUUGUUGAGUGCCUUCAGCUUGCGGGUGAUAUGCAUGAUUUAGGCGUCUGCAGCGAAGAAGUGGAUCAGUGCAUAAAUAAUGAAGAUUAUGAACAGGCAGCGCAGCACAUACACCGGUUUCUUACUUUGGAUAGGGCUGUUUUCCAAUUUAGUAGUGCAGCUGACAAAGAAGCUGGCCAGUCAGUAUCUCAUAGCUACGAAAUUCUAACUAAUGCGACAGCUCGUUUGAAGGAGAUUCUUGAACGCAAGCUAGAGGCAGCAGUGGAUACUGAUGAUGUUGCUGCUAUGCAACGGUUUGUCAAGCUGUUCCCACUAAUAAACGAACAUGACAGUGGCUUAGUUCGCUUCGGCAAGUAUCUGAGUCGGCAGAUCGCCAAAAUCGGCGAGGACAAUCUGAAGAUCAUGAAUGCUGGUGGCUUAGAUGAUAAGAGAGUUGAAGUGCUGUACGCUGACACUAUGUUUUUGUUCCUUGAAGGAGUCGCUGCUCUUCUUGAAACAAAUCAACCACUCAUAGAGAGCUCGUAUGGACCCGACAAAUUGCUGGAUUUCGUCAACAUGCUCCAGGUAGAUAUCGAUCAGGUCGUUGGCAAGGUUAUUGACGCAUUCGAAAGGAAGCGACAGCUAGAAAAGCGUGUGAGAGCGGCUCAGAAGAUUCUACGGGACGACAAGAAUGUUGAUAAAGGUGAAGAGCGCCUUGAUGCUCUUGAACUAGACCCUGUACUUUCUGAAAUCUGUCUGAUGAAUACUCACACUGAAAUGUAUUGGCGGUUUGUUAGAAGGCGUAUAAAGGGAGCUUCUAAAGGUGAAAAGCAGGAGGAGUUCGUCAUGGUGAAUGCCGAUGAUUUUGGUGAUUUGGACGAGGAAAAGAAAAAACAGCUGGAACAGGAGAAAGUGAGAAGGAAAGAAGAAAGGGAAAGAAAGCUUGAUCAGCUACUGAACAGGAGUUUGGUCGGAUCCAAAAUGCAGGAGUUGCUCGGUAACUAUAUCCUUCUCGAGCAAUACUAUAUGGAGGAAUGCGUGCGAAAAGCGAUAGACAUGGAUGUCAGGGAAGAAGGUCUAUUGAGCUCGGUUGUCGAUGAUGUUCUCUUCUUGGUUCGUAAGUGCGUAAGACGAGCGACAAGUAGUGGUUCGGUGGACUGCGUUUGUGCUGCUUUGAACAACGGAGUUGCAUUAUUGGAAACCACCUUUUAUCAGUAUCUUUUUGGAGCGAUACAGAGCGGAUAUCCCUCCACAAAUUUUGCUGCCGAGGCUCUCCAAACAGCACAAAACGCGUACAAUGUUAUACAGCAUGGAAAGGCAACCGAAGCUUCAGCAGACAUACAGAAAGAAUCUUUCUUGACUGCCACGAAUAAUGCAAGAGGCACCGCAGAUCUCCUUCUGGAACUGAGAAAGGGUCUGGAGCAAGAGUGGCGUAAAACACAGCGAAGUGAAAUAGAACGUGGUAAACUGGAUAAUGCUGCCAGCCAACUGACAGAUCUGUCCAGAAAAAUGCACCAUUUGGCGUCCCUUGGGAUAGAAUCCUUGUGCAAAACCAUAUUCAGGCCAAAGCUGAAGUCAAGCUGUGAUGCUUAUGCUGACAUCAACCAUACUCUAACCGACAACCAACUCGGGGAAUUUGAAGCCGUUGACCCUUUCAUUGAGCAGUUCAACGCUAAUCUCGACAAGCAGAUUGCAAUAUUUGAGCCUGUACUGCACAAGGACAAUUUUCAGACCCUGCUGUUGACUGUAUGCGGUGAAGUGGAGCGGCAGAUGGAGCGUGUCAUCAUGAAAUGUACGUUCAACAGAUUGGGAGUGGAAUCGCUGGCUGGACUGCUAGGGAACGAUGUGCUCGCUUGGCGCAGAUUGUGGCUUUGCUCAAUGUUGAGAAUGUCGAGGAAGCUGUGGAACUUCGAGAGGCAACAAAGACUUCCUCGAUUGCUCGGAUACUCUCUCCAUCGGAUGCAAUCAAAGUUCUUCUACUCAGGACUGACCUGCCUGCAGCUCUUGUCCAGAAGCUCGAUUUGUGAAUGGCCUGGUUUCGUACACAACUGCAAUCUUUUCGGCUUCUAAUUUCUUACCUGAUGAAUGUGAUUUGCUCUAAAUCAAUCCCCAGAUUAUCGUUGUAAUUAAGUGAAUAACAAUAUACGAAUGCGGGAGUCCGCGACAAGAGGUGAUUUUGCUCUGUUAAUGUCUGUGAUGGUUAAAACGGAGUUAUUGCUGCUUGUUAUGAAGUGUUUAAUUGAUUUCUGAGAGAAUAAAUUAUAUUUUUCUGUUA